AUGAGUAUGAUAGCUGUAAAAGUGAGCAGAGUUACUGUGCGUUUCUACCAUGGAUCGUUGGUUAAUUUUGGCAAUACGAACUUGAAAGAAAAGCUUCAUGUUUUGAAGAAGAAAUCUACUGUAAUUAGAAAAUCAUCUAAGGAGCUUCAACGGCUUGCUGAGAAGCAGAAGAUUAAGAGGAACAAGGCUCAGAAGGCGUCUUACCAUAAGGACAGAGCUGUUCACAUUUUGAAAAGUAAAUACGGCAUAUCUGAUAUAUCAAGGGACCAAUUGGGUCCUACGAGUGAGAAUGAUAUUAAAUUCCUGUCUAAGAUCAAGGAUAAUAGGUUACUAUAUACCAUUCUGGGAGUUAAUGGUUUUCAACUACGGGAUGCUAUCUUGGUGACUAAAGAUGUUGAGAAGUUCUUGAAAAGAGGGCAAGUUGAGAAGGCGGUCAUGUUAGUGAAGUUAGCCAAGGCCAAAGGAUCUAGCGGUGCAAACUUAAUCAUGGACUAUUAUUUGAAUGAGUUGCACUCGCCUAAAUCUGCAGUGGAUAUGUACAAUUGGAGGAAGAAAAAUGGGAUCCCGAUUAAUGAAUAUACAGAUGUGACGCUUUUUGAUGGUUUAGCAAAGCAACCAGAACCAAUAUCGACUAAGUACGGAGAGAUGGUUUUGAAGAUCCUGGAUUCUAAAGGAGAAGAUGAAGAGUUCAAUAUCAGGGAAUUCAAUGCGGCUCUUGGAGCACUUACCAACUGUACUGACUAUUCGCUGGCGUUCCAAUUAUUUGACAGCCGAUCUCAGCGCUACUCACGUAAAUUUGAUGCCAUUACCUUCACCACGAUGAUCAAAGCAUGCAAUAAAAUCAAAGAUGAGGACUUACUGAUUUCGAUGCUGAAUGAGAUCAUCGCGAAAAUGACGCAUAGAUCGAUUGAUCCAAUGCUAGUAAACCAGCUUGUUAGUGCAUUGAGCGGGUCUGACAGAAGUAAGCGAUUAAAUAGGGAGGCGUUGUUACUGGCCAGUGAGGUAUUUACAUUAGAUCUUGGCAUUUCCGAUUCAGGAGUGGAAAGACGUAUUCAUUAUGAUGUAAUCAAAGAGUCCAUGCGUUCGCGUGGGGAUGGGUUACGUCAGGACAAGCUUUACCCCUCCAUUAUACAGGCAUGUAAUUAUUCAGACUUGCCACAGAUAGGGAUCAAGUUUUUUGCAAAAAUCACUGGGUUUCCAUAUGAAAAUGAAACAGGGGGAGAGCAAGCGUUACUGGAAGGCCCGCAAUUGACAUACCAACUGUUCAAGAACUAUAUUGAUCUGCUGGUACGUCAUAGGACCAGUGUAUGUGGUUCUCGCAGCAUGGAUCUCUUUGAGACCAUCAAUAGCACGCCAUCGUUGAAGCAGUUACCGAUGAAGGUUCUGUUGAGACAUGUAUAUACCGCUGUUCAACGGCAAGGCAAUAAACAAUCUGUAUACUGUGACGCUACGAGAGCCAACGCACUAUUGCAAAGAGUAAACGAAUUUGUCAAGCACGUAGAACCCACCAAGGACAACGUCGUACCUCUGGCAGCGUGGAAGUUUGUGCUACCCAUCGCGGAGAAGUUGCAACAGGGAUCACAACUAAGCGAGGAGCCCCAGGUCCACCUAACGCAAAGCUUCCUCAGCACAAUCAGCGCCUUGAGGUUACCCCUAAACAAAGAGGCCAAGUCUACUUUACUGGCCGGUAUCCGCGUUAUAAACUCCCUGGGCGAGCAACUCAGACUGCCACCCACGGUAGACCUCGAAGACAUACCAUUGGAACUCAGAGACAAGUUCCUGUAUAGGAGACUGCUCCUCAGAGUGAAGACAAGACUGGUACAUAUCGUAGACUCCAUAGACAAGAACACCCCACAAUUGCCGGACGACCUCAGCCAAUUGAUCUCGCAGCUGGGAUUACAUAAACGGUAA